AUGACAUGGGCUGACUUUUGGAGAGGAGAAGUUCGAAGGGGAACGACGAUCGGGUCAUGGGUCGACCAAUGCUACCAGAAAUCGUCCCACAAGUUCGUAUUUCCCAUGCAUACUACCUCUGCGACGCUUGCAUUCCUCGACGACCUUGCCAUCCCAAACACACCCAUGCCUCUCCUUCAUCUGACAUCACGCCAUUGCAAUUUGCGCUGGUCUUUGCCGACCGUUCAAGCGUUCACGAAUCGCAUGGGUUCUUCUUUGCGGAACGCCCUUAUGCUCAUGUUAUCAUUUGGUCUUCUACAGCUCGUGGGCUGGUGGAGUUUGAAUUUGGGUCUCUUCACGAACCUAUACUUUCUCAUGCCUCGAUGUCUAGUAUAG